AUAUUAAUACGUAGCGAAAUUAGCGCCUCCCUUCGCUACACUGUCAGGGGGACGAGACGUAAACAUCAAAACAAGUGUCGUUUCUCUGUUAGUUAUUUCGUGGCAUCCUCAUUAACCGACUAAUUUAUGCGGGGCAGUAAGAGGCUCAAGAACCAAACUUAUCAUGUUGAGGCAUAGGAAGAAAACUUUACAGGUUGUGAAGCAACUAGAUGCUUUCCCAAAGACUUCUGAAGAAUGUGUGGAAACUACAACUACUGGUGGCACAUUUUCUGUGAUGAGCCAUCUCGUGAUAUUAUGGUUGAUAGUUAUGGAAGGUCUUUACUACAUGGAAACUAAGUUUACCUAUUCCUUCAAGCCUGACACAUCAUUUUCUGAAAAGCUAAAGAUCAAUGUUGAUAUUACUGUUGCCAUGCCAUGUAAAUUUGUUGGUGCUGAUGUUUUAGAUAUGACUGGUGAACAAGUUAUGACUUUUGGAGAGCUAAAAUUAGAGGAUACAUGGUGGACUCUCGAUCCAGACCAGCAAAUUCACUUUGAAGGUGUACAGCGGGUUAACAGCUACCUUAGGGACCAAUUCCAUUCCAUACAUGAACUUCUUUGGAGAAGUGGUUACACCAACAUUUUUGGCGAUAUGCCACAAAGGCAUUAUUUUCCUGACACUCCAAAAGAUGCAUGUCAGCUGAGUGGGUCUUUAGGCAUCAAUAAAGUGGCUGGGAAUUUUCAUAUCACAGCUGGGAAAACUAUUCCACUGCCACGAGGUCAUGCCCACUUGGCAGUGUUUAUGGAAGACUCAGACUACAACUUUACUCAUCGCAUUAAUAAAUUUUCCUUUGGGGAUCCUGCUCCAGGAAUCAUACAUCCUCUAGAAGGCGAUGAACAGGUUGCAUCAAAGAACCAUAUGACUUACCAGUACUUCAUUACUGUUGUUCCAACACUGGUCAAUACUUACAGUCAUUAUGGAACCUCAUUCCAAUACUCAGUUGCUGAACAGUCUAGAGAAAUCUCACAUGCUCAGAACUCUCAUGGGACUCCAGGAAUAUUCUUCAAAUAUGACACAUCAGCUCUAAAAGUUGAAGUAGUAGAGCACCACGAGUCCAUAAUUGCCUUCUUAACUCGUCUUUGUGGCAUCAUAGGAGGUGUUUUCACUUGCUCAGGUUUACUGAGUCGUGUCGUAGGUUUGUGUAUCAACUGCUUCACUUGUCGAUUCUUCAAGAAAAGUCCUAAGUCUGGAGAAGAUGAAGAAACAAUCAAGGCAGCUCCUUGUCCAUCUGCCAGUCUUUUGCCAGCAGGGAAUCUCAACCCACCUGCCAAUGGACCCCAGCUUGCAGCCUCCACCACUACCCUAUCCGUAACUUUGAUUUCCGCAUCGCUACAAGAAACAUCUUCAACCUGACAGUAUUUUUUUAUUUAUUCAUUAGUUUAGUAAAGCAUCAUCUCAUAUUUUUAAAAGACAUUUAGACGAUACAUUUUCAUUUCAUGUAGUAGAAUAAAUCAUGCUGUCAUAUUCUUUUUUUUAUUAACCCAUUUCUUAUUAUAGAAAAAAGUUUGUAUAUUUCAAGGGGUAAAAGUAGACUAAUAUGUUGAAUAAUGUAGGUGGCAUGUAAUUUAGCAGUUACAGCACAGUAUCUAUCAUUUCUGAAAUAAUGAGAAUUUCUGUGUUAGUUUCCUAUUAUUCUUUUACAUCUCAUUUUUCACAAUUCCCAGUAUCUCCUUUAUCUUUAGUUUUAUUCUGAAGUACAUACUGUCAUUUAAAGGAAAAUUUCUUCUAGUCCCUUCUAUUUUCCUGCAUAUUGUACACUACUAUACAUAUUGUUGAGAUAAAACCUGUCAGUAUAGAUCCUCUACAUUAGUUUUUCAGUCUUUUAGUGGUAGAUGUAAGAAAUGCAGUUCAGAAUCUUGCUUGGGUUGCCCUGGCUGUUGACAAACAACUCUGAUAGAGAAGGCAAAUUGAUGAUACUUUCACCUGCAGGGUGUAAUUAUGUAGUAAAAAAAAAAACAAAUACUACUAAUGUCCCUCAUUUUUCUAGGCAGUAAACAUCAUUCACAUUCACUUUUGUAGUAAAUCCAUCGGAUGUUUCAAAUUCAAAACAGUGAGCUGUUGCCCAUGCCCACAGGUUAAGAGAUUAGCUCCUUUUUUACCCGAGCUACCUAUGUUACUGAAUUAUGUUUUACUUUGGUAAUAUUUUUAAUAACUUCUGUUGGUCAUCAGUUAUGUUGGUUCUGAUAUUCUUUCUAAGUUUUGUCUUCCUUUCCUGUUACAUAUUUAUUAGCAUUUUGUCUGUCCUGUGUUUGUAAUGCAAUUUGUAAUCAUUUCUAGCAUUUCAUUGUCAUAAGUCUUGCAGAUUUCUUUGGUACAAAAAGAUAUUCCUGAGACUGGUACUUCAGGUUGUAUGAGUUGAUAAUUUUCAUUCUCUUUGUUGGAAGAUGAGGAGGUAUUUGUUACCCCUCCUAAAUGUCAUUCAUUCUGAGAAUUGCUGUCUUAUUGCAUUUCAAAGGAAUCUCAUUCCUUGAUCAUUUUUAAACCAAUACCAUCACCUUCUAUUUUAUAUUAUUGAUGUCAUACUCUUUGUUGUGUUGAGCUAAGUCUUCCUGUAUCUGGUUUUUAUAUGAUCUCAUCCUUGCCUAUUUCUUGAGCUGCAUAUAGCCAAUAUUUUCCUCUGGAAGUCAGCAUUCUGUAAUUAAUGAUAAUUCUCUUCUUUCUGUAACUUGAAAAAAAACUUGCCUACUGUGUGCCAUCUUCCCUCUGUUUGACCUUUGACCCUUUCUCUUAUCUAUCUUUCUUCACCCACUUCACUAUCUCACAGUUUUUAUCUUCCCUCCACUAUUUUAAGAUUUUGUUCUCUUUUCCCAAGUCCAAGUCCUCUCCUUUUACUAUUGUCGUCUGCCUUUUACCCUUCUAUUCUUCUCUAUGUGUGUAUCUCUUUGUCCAUUUCCCAGCAUGUUUGCUGCUUGAAGAAACUAUUCUUUGCCAUUUGUACAUCUUGAUUCCUCCUUUAGUCAGUAUAAUUGUAGUAAUGUCAGUCGUCAAGUUUUAUUUUUCUUGAAAACUCAUAGCUUAUUAAUGAGAGUUCCUUCCAAAUCAUGAUUCUGAUUAUAGUUUUUUAGUAUUGUCAUUGCUAUGGACAUAACGGAUCUAUCCACAUUUGCACACAGGUGAUUUUUGCCUUGUUUCUCUUUCCAUGAAGGAUUGUAGUCUGGAUGAUUUGCCACCCACAAAUGUUUGCUAUUGUAGAAGUGGGUUUGUGUGAAUAAAGUAUUUUUUUUUUUGUAA